AUGCUUCCUCACCUAAAGAUAUUGAUAAUUUUAUUGUUUUACCAAUGUCACAAAUUUGUGUCCGGAGCAAAUAUAAAUGUCAACACAUUAUCGAAAGAAGAGUUUUGUCCAGGGUUCGAUAAAGAAUCAACGUCACCAUUCCUGACUGAAUAUACAAAAACAAUGAAUGAUUGUAUCUCCAGGGAAUUAGAAACCCAAUUUGAUUUCUGUAGUUCAUGUGUCGUUUUAGAUGAAAACAACCCUAAAACGAUUAACAAUUGUUACUGUGUUCAAUGUGCAAUGAGUGCAUUAACAACAAAAUGUUUGGAUGAUCUUCAUAUCGACAAGGAACAUUUUAUCAGAUUACAGACUUUAGUAAAUUCGUUUCCAAAUAUUUCACCUGCACAAUUAUUACAAAAUGAACAAGAAGAUUUGAAAACAAAGAGAGAUCAUUUACAACAAGACAGAGUUCAAUUGCAAUGUAGAGCAUUGUCCAAAAAAGAAAAAUCUCAUCUCAUUGAGUCGUUGCUGUAUACGCUUCAAACAGGUCAUAAAAAUAUGAAAGCCGGCAUUCAUAGAGGGAAGAGGUUCAUCCCUCAUUGGAGAAAGAAGGCAAAAUAUACUAAGGACACAAUAUCUAUCGUCACCUCGAGAUCAACUAAUGCUUUCACCAAAUAUUGGCCUGUAGAUAAAACAUCGGCCUCGAAUUGCUUGACCUCGUCUAGUGGCUGUUCUAACCUUCAAAGUACUUCUCAUAUUACCGAAAUUUAUGAACCUGAAACCACUACAUAUUUUGAACACCCUUCAUCAUCAACAGCAGUUUUGCAAAGUAAAACUAGUCCAGGUACAAAGACAGAGAUAAAUGAGUUGGACAAUAUUGAGAAAUAUAAAUUAUUGAGAAAGACGAAAACUGAGAUAGAAACUGAAACAGAAACUGAGACUGAAAUAGAAACUGAGACUGAGACAGAAACUGAAACCCAGAUAGAGACAGAAACUGAAACUGAAACUGAAAGAGAAACAGUAAGAGAAACAGAACGAGAAACAGUAAGAGAAACAGAAAGAGACACUUCAAUUUCAACCUUAACCGAACAAAAAUCUUUCCUUGUGGUAGAAACUAAAACUAAAACUGUACCAUUGACAGCAAAUGCAACCGAAACUACAAUAACUACUUCUACAACAACAUCGAUAACAACUGUGACAUUGACUCCAACUGGAAAAGAAACAAAGACAGAGACAAAGGUUGAUACAGUCACUGAAAAGAAGAUUAUUUUAGGACCAAAAAUAGAGACUGAAACUGAAACUGAGACUGAAACUGAGACUGAAACUGAGACGGAGACUGAGACUGAGACUGAUACAUUAACUAAAACAGAAACAGUACAUCAUAUCCAGACAAUUAUAGCUUACAUAACUGCUACUGAAUAUGAUACAAAAACUGAUGAAAAGACAAAGACGAAAUACAAGUACAUAUUUGAUACUGUAACCGAGUCGUAUUACCAAGGUGCUACUCAAAUAAAAUAUAAACAUGAUUUUGUUACAACGACAGAGACAGAAAUCGAUGAAAAAACCAGAGUAGUUAAGAUUGCCAAAAAGACUAUUACAGAUUAUGACACAGAUUAUAUUACAGAAACUGAGACUAAGUUCAAGAUAAAGACUAAGACUCAAACUUCAGUAUCUACAACAACCGAAAAAAUAUUUAAAUUUAAAAAGAAAUUUAAAACAAUAACCUUAACUGAUCUAGUUACUAAAACAAAUACAGAAACUACUACCAGUACAAAGACUAAAAAGAUAUGGAUACCAAGAGUUAGUACUGUAACAUUACUUUCGACCACAACAUUUACUACGACAGCUACCGUCACCGCUACGGUUACAGUAAAUCCACCAGCCGGUGUAGUUGGAAACCCAAUGUUUGCUGGGUCACAACCGCAUAAUGGCUUCAAAUUUAAAAUAUUCAACUCAACAGAUGAUGGAGAAAGUUAUAAAAAGGGAAUAAGAAAGCAUGUAAUACAGAGCCUUCCAAAGGUUGAAGAAAAUCCAAAGAUUUCUGGCAAGAAUCACAAAAGAGAGCAAUUAGAUAUCACCAAGCAAGAUUUAACUUUCGAUAUUUCCUCAAAUAAAUCGCCAAAUAUUAGCAAUAAUUCCAAUCCAUAUAUUCCAGCUACAUCUUUUGCUCCUUUGGCUUAUGGUGAUAAAUAUGUUCCAACAGCAAUCAUUUUCUCUAUUCUCACAGUUGGUACUCUAAUGCUAUUCUCUACAUUACAACUCUCUGAAGCUAAUAGUACAGCCCCAGAAGAUAGCAUCCAAUUCAGAAGAGAAAGCAAGGUUGCAUGUCAAAAUGGGGAAGACAGAAUUAAUAGUAUUAAUGAAUUAACUAAAAAAAGAGGUAUACUACAGGAAGUGGUGCAAAACCUAACCGUUGAUUGA